AUGGCACUUUUUGCCCUUGGUUGGUAUCACGUAACAGCUGGAUCCCUGGAAUUCGUUGGUAUUCGCGAGAACUACUACAACACCCUCUCACAUGCAGUUCUCCUGGUGCUCGUAAUGAGCGAAGGACUCCUACUCCUCUCUUUCGCUGCUGGGCUAUGGCCCAAUCAGAGAAGUCUGACACCCGACUACUAUGAUUCUGUACUGCUUCUUGCAUGCGGCCUGGUAAUGAUUGUGGUCCUGAUAGUCGGGUAUCAUGCAGACGAGGACUGGCAUUUCUUUCUUGGACGAUUAGAACAUUCGUCGUACACAUUAAUGGUGCUUUGUGGGGCAGCAGCUAGCCUCAUGAUCAGCAAAAGAAAGGGACAUCAUACUAAAAGAAAUCUCAUCCCAGCACUUAUCAUCGUGGUUCUCGGGAUAUUGUUCACAUCUCAUCACCAAGAGGCUAUGCUGGGCAAAAAGAUCCACGAAGUCUUGGGGUAUACAAUGGUGGUUGCGGCGACCUUCAGGAUUGUGGAAAUCUUGGUUAUACCCGACUGGACGGUCAAGGCUUCAACAGACGUCCAAAGCAACCUGCCUUAUGUGACUCCAAUGGUGGCCGUGAUUCUUAGCUUCGUAGCGUUUGGAUCGUCGAGGGAUUUGUGUCAAGCUAUUGAAGGAACUGGGUUCAUGGCUCCCGCAUACGUGGCCAUUUUAUACACCUGUGGUCUUUUCUACUUCUGCUUUCUUACUGCCCUCAUGCAUCGCAUCAAGGAUCAUUGGUAUCCUGACGGAAGUGAUGGGAAACACGAAUAUUCAUCUUUGCCAGAAGUGCAGUCGGACAGAUUUGCAUGCAACCAGAACUGGGACUGA